AUGGCCAAAGGAGAGGGCGCCGAGAGCGGCUCAGCGGCGGGGCUGCUGCCCACGAGCAUCCUCCAAAACGGUGAACGGCCGGCCCAGGUGAAGAAGGAACCAAAGAAGAAGCAACAAUUGUCCAUUUGCAACAAGCUUUGCUAUGCCGUUGGGGGGGCCCCUUACCAGGUGACAGGCUGUGCCCUGGGGUUCUUCCUGCAGAUCUACCUCUUGGACGUGGCUCAGGUAUACCCUUUCUCUGCCUCCAUCAUCCUGUUUGUGGGCCGGGCCUGGGAUGCUGUCACAGACCCCCUGGUGGGCUUCUGUAUUAGCAAAUCCUCCUGGACCCGCCUGGGCCGCCUCAUGCCCUGGAUCAUCUUCUCCACACCCCUGGCCAUCAUCUCCUACUUCCUCAUCUGGUUUGUGCCUGACUUCCCGAGGGGCCAGGCUCUGUGGUACUUGUUUUUCUACUGCCUCUUUGAGACACUGGUCACGUGUUUCCACGUUCCCUACUCAGCUCUUACCAUGUUCAUCAGCACAGAGCAGAGCGAGCGAGAUUCUGCCACUGCAUACCGGAUGACUGUGGAGGUGUUGGGCACAGUGCUGGGCACAGCAAUUCAGGGGCAAAUCGUAGGACAAGCGGAUACACCUUGUCUCCAGGACUCCAAUGGCUCUGUGGUGGCUUCAGAAGGUGCCAAUCGCACACACCACAUCACUACUUCACUCAAAAAAACGCAAAAUGCCUACCUACUGGCAGCAGGGGUCAUUGCCUCUAUCUAUGUCAUCUGUGCUGUCAUCCUGACCCUGGGCGUGCGGGAACAGAGAGAACCCUAUGAGACCAAGCAGGCUGAGCCCAUGUCCUUUUUCAGUGGCCUCCGGCUGGUCAUGAGCCAUGGCCCAUAUGUCAAGCUCAUUGCUGGCUUCCUCUUCACUUCCCUGGCCUUCAUGCUGGUGGAAGGGAACUUCGCCUUGUUUUGCACCUACACUUUGGGCUUCCGCAAUGAGUUCCAGAAUCUACUCCUGGCCAUCAUGCUCUCGGCCACAUUCACCAUUCCCAUCUGGCAGUGGUUCCUAACUCGGUUUGGCAAGAAGACAGCUGUGUACAUUGGAAUCUCAUCAGCAGUGCCAUUUCUUAUCUUGGUGGCCCUCAUGGAGAGUAACCUGAUUGUCACUUAUGUGGUAGCUGUGGCAGCCGGCAUCAGUGUGGCAGCUGCCUUCUUGCUGCCCUGGUCCAUGCUGCCUGAUGUCAUUGAUGACUUCCACCUGAAGCAACCCCACUCCCAUGGAACCGAGCCCAUAUUCUUCUCCUUCUAUGUCUUUUUCACCAAGUUUGCCUCUGGAGUUUCGCUGGGCAUCUCCACCCUCAGUCUCGAUUUUGCUGGGUACAAGACUCGUGGCUGUUCCCAGCCAGCACGUGUCAAGCUUACACUGAAGAUGCUGGUGACCAUGGCUCCCAUAGUUCUCAUCCUGCUGGGCCUGCUGCUCUUCAAGCUGUACCCGAUUGACGAAGAAAAGCGACGGCAGAACAAGAAGGCUUUGCAAGCCCUGAGGGACGAGGCCAGCAGCUCGGGCUGCUCUGACACAGACUCUACAGAGCUGGCCAGCAUCCUCUAG